GCUGCUUCCCCGUGAAAGCGGGGAGAAAUGUAUACACCACACGACACCGACCCUCAAAAAGAUCUGGGAUUCAAAAUAAAACCCGCCACUGGCAGUGUACAUGUACCACUUUGCGAGCUCCCCCUGUACAUGUACCACUUUCCGAGCUCCCUCUGCGCCAGCAGGCCUGGCCACCCUCUAACAAGGGCGCCCUGCUCGGGCGAUAGCAGCGGGCAGGCCAGCAGCUGCGCACCGUGCCAACGCUAGAGAUGGAGAGGGGUGGAAUUGCACGGGGAAUUUCUGCACCCCCUCCCGCUCUCAUUAUUCCCCGCCGCGUGCCGACGCGGAAGGUGCAGGGUCUCCCCGCCGCAGGCAUAUCAGGCCGCGGCGCACGGGAGACGAAGAGGAGUAGGAGGAGGACGAAGAGAGAGGAAGAGGAGGAGAGGAUGGGGGAGGAUGGAGGUGAGAUGAAACCAGCCGAAUACAGCUUAAAGCUUCGUUUUCAAGACAAACACGCAGUCCAGGCGGACCGCGAUUGGCAGCGGCGGCUCGGACUCUGGGGGGGGCCCGAUCGCCUGGUGCACAGGUGGCAACAGGAACGCCACCAGGCCGCGGAGUAAAACCAGGCGCUCUCCUCGCAACCAGGGCUGAACCUAAAC